AUGGAAGACUUCGAGUGUUCCAUAUGCUGCGACACGCUCGAUGAUCCCAGGCUGCUUCCAUGUGGACACAUGUUCUGCGGGCCAGAAAGGGGGUGCAUCUUGGCCCUGAACAGAAACGACUUGUCAGCUGAUUGUCCGAAUUGCAGAAAAACACAUCAUAUUAACGUGAGCGAACUGCAACCGAUCUAUGUCCUGAUGAAAUUUCCAGAAGGUCUGAAAAUUGCGGACACGGGAGACAAACAAACUCGGAGUGUGAGCGCUGGUGCGAAGUCCUGUGUCCAACAUAGCGACAUGUCCCUUGUGUAUUUCUGUGAUACUUUUGAUAUCAGCAUCUGUGACCUUUGCUGGGGAAACGACCACAGCGAGCAUAAAGUAGUGCUUACGAGAGUCAAGCAAAAGAAAGACUUACUGGGUGCUAUGGAACGCGUGAACCUUGAAUCAUCCAUAUCUGUUUACGAGAAAGUGAUCGCGGACAAUCAGAAAAGAAGGCAACUAAUGGCAGAGGUUCUGACUGAAAUUGAUGUUGUGAACGAGUUGCUCCGAACAAGGGCUCACAGUUUAAGAGAACUGAAUGAACUUUGGAAAGAGUAUGUCGGGCUUGAUUCGAGUUCUUCGAAGGUGGCAGAAUUAGGGGAGAAAUUGAUGGAAGAUUUGAAAGGUCACGAGAGAAACAAUAAGGACGAAGAAAUCAAGAAGAGUAUCAGCCAGAUAUCGAAGGAGAGCCAAAAGAAGUUCAAAACUUUUGCGAAUCUGUGUGAUCGAAAUGAGAAAACUCUGAAUGAGAUGAAGCAACCAAAUAAACAAGUGGGCGGCUUGAAAAGUGGAAAACCAGAAGUUUCAACUCUAGAUGCGUUGACUCUGUGCUUAGGUUCAGAUGCUGAAGUUGACUUUUUCAGCUUAUUGACAGGUGCUCAUUCUUCUGAAUCGGCGGGUCCACUGAGACCUGGGACCAGGGAAAACAGACUUGCUGGACCAGAUAAGGAAUUCACUACGAAGAGAGACGGUGGAACAAAUCAGUGUGAUAGAGCAGACUCUUCUCCAGCUGCUAGGCUACAAUACCCCGAGAAUCGGGUGCCACCCCCGAGUCUGCCUCGAUCCAACCACUAUCACAGACGUAUCCCGCCACCGCCACCACCACCACAAGAACCAGUGGAUGGUUGGCAAAUAUUUUUAACAAGAUUCGGUCGACAGAAUCAAGAUCAACAAAACUGAAUGCUUUUGCGUUUCAAGAUGACAGAGACAAUUUUCAUAGAUAUCAUUGGUGCUCACAAAAUAUCCCAUUGAGUCAGUGAUGAUUCGUUCGAUGGUCGAAUCGCUAUCUAUAAGACUUCAACGAGUCUUUUUUAUGGUUUAUUUCUGAGUCUUUUAUUGUAAUUUGCGGCCUAAAUGCUUAUUCUCCGUAUAUAAAUACUUAACUGAUGAUUUUGUUAAUGGCAUUGACGGCCAGCGGGGACUAAGAAACGAAAAAGUUCUGAAUUAGUGGAUUCGAAUUUAUAGUGGUAGCACCAGCGGAUUUGGGGGCAAAGUGGUGGAGGGGGGCGACACCCCUCCUCUCAGGGAUUCGACCCCCUGCCGACUCAAAGGGUCCCGCCUUUGUAUUAUUUAUUAUUUUGAGAUAUCCAUUUUUGGAGAGGGACCCUAAAAAUGUUCUAAAGGCGCCGUCGGCGCCAGUAUUUUCUAAUUUGGAGGGGUAAGCGCGCGCCAAAAAACACAUUUUUUUGGACAUUUUUUUCUAAAAAGUGUCUAAAAACGCCUUUUUGGCCUACUUAUUCAAAAUUUUGCUUGCGGCGCAGAAAAUUAUGUCGAAAUAGGGUCUGUACAAUGAUUUAUUAGAGCUCAGAGAAAAGCCUAGAUCGGCCCCUGAUUGGUAGGGUAGGUUAGGUUAUGCCCUUAAAUUGAAUUGAAAGAUCUUUUUGAUGAAGCAUGAUUACAGAACUUUUUUUUGUAUGAUUUACUCUAUGUAAGUUCUUAAAGUGCUACCUGAUCGGAGUUCAAUUUAUUGUUGUUUCAUGCUUUAUAUAAUUUUACGUAUGAUCGUUAAGUAUUUUGUAUUUACUAACCAAUCAUAUUCCACAACUAAUUUUCAAACUAAUUGCUGUAAAAUUCGCUUUUUUGCAGUCAGUUCACUUUCAAAUAGAGUAGAAUAAAUUUAAUGAGAAACUCAAAUAGUUUUUGCCAGUGUUUUGUAGGUUGAAAUGAGACCUAGGAAAUAAAAGUAACAAUGGAAUCAGUAUUAGGCCAAUUACUUGCACGAACCUAUCUGGCCGAAAGAAGAUAGAGUGAAAAACACCUGGUGUACUCUAUCUGAAAUUACUCUAAAAGAUAGCAACCCAGUCGCAUCUCAUCUGGUGCGACCAGCAAUUUCCUGA